AUGGCCGCGAUCCUGUCGCCACAACCACACCCUUUACAACCCACCUCUAUCCACGCGCCCUCUAGGACAACAUCCUCUUCCUCUGUCCGCUCCGCUGCUACCAGCGCCGAAGACCUCACAGAGGUCAUCCGCAUCGACAAGCAUCGUGCACCCUACGACAGGCGGGUAUCCGACAUGAUGGCAGGCGUACAGCUCGAGGAGCUGACCCCGGCGACUAAUGGCGCUACGAACGGGCAUUUCAACGGACACACCACCCAAUCUCCAUCUGCACCAUCCAGUAAUGGGCACGACACCAAGGCCAGGAAGCAAGUUGGGCCAUCAGAUACGCUCGCGGCGCCAGCACGCCGCUUCCCAGAAGAAGAAGAGGAAGAGAUUCUGCGCGAGACCGAGGACCGCUUUGUGCUCUUUCCCAUCAAGUACCGAGAGAUCUGGCUCGCGUACAAGCAAGCGCAGGCGAGCUUCUGGACUGCGGAAGAGCUGGACCUGGGUACUGACUUGCACGACUGGAACGACAAGCUCACCGACAAUGAGCGCUAUUUCAUUCUCCGCAUCCUCGCGUUCUUCGCCGCAUCAGACGGCAUCGUUGGCGAGAACCUCAUCUCCAUGUUCUCGAUGGAGGUGCAGAUCGCCGAGGCGCGCGCAUUCUACGCUUUCCAGACGAUGAUCGAACAGGUACACGCUGAAACUUACUCGCUCCUCAUCGAGACGUAUGUGCAAGAGACAGAAGAGAAGGACUUCCUGUUCAAGGGAAUUGAUAACAUCCCUUGCAUCCGGAAAAAGGCCGACUGGGCGCUCAAGUACAUUACGCCCGAAAUGCCAUUCCGCACGCGCCUCAUCGCGUUUGCUUGUGUGGAGGGCAUCUUCUUCUCAGGGUCGUUCGCGGCAAUCUUCUGGCUCAAGAAGCGCGGCCUCAUGCGUGGUUUGACGUUCAGCAACGAACUGAUCAGCCGCGACGAGGGCAUGCACACCGACUUUGCGUGUCUCCUCUACCAAUACCUCAAGCACCGCUGUUCGCAAACUGAGGUGCACAGGAUCGUUGGCGAGGCCCUCGAGAUCGAGAAGGAGUUCUUGACGGAUGCGCUUCCAUGUGCCCUGAUUGGCAUCAAUGCAGGGUCCAUGUGCCAAUAUAUGGAGUUUGUGGCGGACCGAUUAAUCGUCGCACUUGGUUAUGACAAGUUGUACCAUGCAACAAACCCGUUCGACUGGAUGGAGCUCAUCAGCUUGCAGGGCAAGGCCAACUUCUUCGAGUCGCGCGUCAGCGCGUACCAGAUGGCCAACGUCAGCCGGUCCGCAACGCCGGGGCGCGCACGCUCAGACUCGUUCAACGAGGGGCAAUUGAACCGCCGCAUGUUCCGCACCGACGCCGAGUUUUAG